CUUGCUGCUUAUGACCGAUCACGUGGAUAUGGUCACAUGAUCAAAAUCUCGCAGGCCGAACGAGAAGAGACCGAGAUCUUCCUUUUACGCCAUUACCCAUCAACAUGGGAAAGCCAAAGGGUCUUCGUACCGCACGAAAGAUGCGCGACCAUCGUCGUGACCAGAGAUGGCACGACAAAGACUACAAGAAGGCCCAUUUGGGAACCAGGUGGAAGGCUAACCCCUUCCAGGGGUCCUCACACGCCAAGGGCAUUGUGCUGGAGAAAGUUGGCGUUGAGGCUAAGCAGCCCAACUCUGCCAUCAGGAAGUGCGUGAGAGUGCAGCUCAUCAAGAACGGAAAGAAGAUCACGGCCUUCGUCCCCAAUGACGGUUGCCUCAACUUCAUUGAAGAAAACGACGAGGUUCUGGUUGCUGGAUUCGGAAGAAAAGGUCACGCUGUGGGAGAUAUCCCCGGUGUACGUUUCAAGAUCGUGAAAGUGGCCAACACCUCCCUAUGGGCUCUGUUCAAGGGAAAGAAGGAGCGACCACGAUCAUAGACACUGAUGUGAAUGUAAAGAAAAUAAACAUGUAAAAUCAA